AUGGCAGAGCUUCAUGUUAUUGGAGAUUUAGCGUUCGGUGAAGACUUUGGUGGGAAGUCUUAUUUUUGUGCUUUUGAGAUUGUUACUGGUGAGCACUGGAGGGUAGUAGAGGGUCACACAAGUGGCUGCACGCACAUCAUGGAGAGCGAUUCAUGUGGAGGCAUUGCGUGGUGCUUCCCCAUUGAUGUUCAUUACACAAUGGGCAGUGUUGAAGGUUGGCCAAAGAUUUCAAUGCAAGUGUGGUCUGUAGACGGCUAUGGAAGGAAGGAUCUGGCGGGUUAUGGUGUCGCGUUUGUGCCACCACCUGGUGGUGAGGAGCAGGAGGUAAAUGUAGAGACCUGGAAACCGUGCUUUUGGAACCCGAAUUUCUUCAUUCGAUUGUAUGAGAACUUAAGGGAGGCGGUAAUGGGUGGUGGACCGGUGCUCUGCGACAAAACGAUGAUUCAUACUAACGAUGAAAGGUUCAAAUUACGGACAAUAAGCAGUGGGUCUGUACGCCUUCACCUUAACGUUGUCGCGCGCGGUAUGGAGCGAUUAGGAGUCCGUUGUGCUUGA